CCAGAAACAACAGAUACUGCCUUAGUCGAGGCCUCGCUCACGUGGCUGCCAUGGGAGCCUGUGCUUCGCAGUGUGAAGGGGAGGAUGCUUCAGCAGCAGCUCCUGUGAAGCAUGUGCAUCAGUGCCUUUUCCCAAUGUACGUCGUGAAGGUCUCUGACUUUCUUGAGAUGGAGGGCGUGCCAGAACCACACCACAUACUCCUUCAGAAGGGUUUGCUGCACCAAUGGGCACCAGGCAUGCGGGUGAUUUUCGUCUCGCACCAAUGGCUGGGCAGCGCUCACCCGGAUCCGCAGGGACGACACGCGGCGGCGUUGCGAAGCACUCUGCAAGGAAUACUGGAUGGAUCUCUGCAAGUUGAGUUGGAUGUCAUUCACGACUUGGACAUCCAAUUUGGAGAUGUCGUGGAGUACACUCGACAAAGCGUACUUUCCGGCUACAUCUUCUUGGACUGGUUCGCGAUUCCCCAGAUCACCGCUCGCGUCGACGGGGUCAACGAAGAGAGCACCAAAAGUGAUGCAGCGCUGGCCGUUCAAAGCAUCCCGUUCUAUGUGGAGACCUCGAACAUUUUUCUGGCGCUGGUGCCCGAGCUGAAGCACCACGACACGGGGAAGUGUUGUAACUACACCUCCUGGCUGUCCAGAGGAUGGUGUCGAGCAGAGCUAUGGUGCCACCUCUUGUCCAACAAGCCUUUCACGCAGGUCAUCGUGGUCUACUCCACCAAAGAGUCGCAGUUCAUGUUCCCCAGAGACUGGCAGGAGAACACCAUUGAUGAAGGGGACUUUACCGUGGAAAGCGACCGCCAUGUGGUGAAAAAGCUGGGGGAAGUAGCGCUGGAACACAAGAUUCAGAAUCUGUCCUCAGCAGGCCCUUUGAAUCUGUAUCGAUUCUUUUUGGCCAGAAGAUCGAAGAUGUUGGGAGAGGCUCCCAUGACUUGGGACGUGGAGAGUUUUCUGCGGCAUUUCAAGUUCGACUUAGACUCUGCCAUCAGUGACAAGAGCAGCAUGAGCGCAGUGCUUUGUGCCACCUUCGCCGGCGAUGUGGCAAUGGUCCAGUUCUUGGCCAACAAGAAAGCGGACCUCAACGUGUCACUGCACGGCUUGGAGCCUUUGGGCUACUGCACCGGCUGGAAUUUGUUGAUGGUGGCUCUGGAGUCGCGACAGUCCCCGGAGAUGAUCCGCGCCUUGUUGUCGCUGGGGCUGGAUGCCAACAGUGCCACCUUCGACGGCACCACCGUGUGCUCCUUUGCCAGGAGCCCCGAGCACGUUGAUGAGCUGUUGGAGAAGAAGGCGGAUUUCCACAAAGCGGGGGUGCCCGUGGGCCUUGUGCCCCUGGUGAAGGUGGCGGACACGGGAAACCUGGAGACCGUGUCCAAGCUUUUGGCGCUGCGCUGCGACCCCAACCCCCCGAUGGACGGCCUGGGCGUCACCCCGCUGUUGUCCGCCGUGGCCUUGAGCCGAGGCAACCCCGACGGCGUGGAGAUUGUGCGGACCUUGUUGAAGUCCCGGGCCGAUCCCAACGUGGCAUCCAGACAGACGGGGAUGUGGCUGACCAUGGUUGGUGUUGGCAGGGCCAAGGUGGCCCUCUUGGGCCGUGAGUUCUGCUCUCCCCAGACGCGUUCCGUGGCGACGCUGCCUGGGGCCACGCCGUUGCUGACCGCGGCUGCCAUCGGCAUCGAAGAAGUGGUGGAGCUGCUGCUGAGCUACGGGGCGACUCCUCAAGCCAAUGAUCGGGGGGAAACCUGUGAGUUCCUGGCAGCAGCUAACGGGCACUACAAUGUGCUGCCCUGCUUCCAGACGGUCUCAGUUUGAGCCAGUCCUCAGCUUCCCGCUCGGUGUUGUGGGUUGGUGAGAUGUGACCUAGCCUCUUGUAGAGGGAAGCCACUCUGUAGAAUUUUCUGGGUUGGAACAGCUUGGGUGCAUCGCAGAAUUUCCUGUUGCGGUAGCCCCUCUUUGGGUUACAUGAUAAUUUGCAGGUCGCAUACAACCUUCUACACUUCUGAUUUUCGUUCGGCGUCCGACUGCGUCCGCGAACGCGGCCGUUCUCUGGAUGCUGCCCUUCUCGCGGAACAGCUGCCGAUCUGGAGCAGCUCGACUCCUGAUUUCCUGGACUCCUGGACUUCAGACUUUGUGAGAAGGACUUUUCAGAAGCUCUAUUUUGGUGGUAGACAAAGAUAGGAUGUGCGGACUUUUGGCUGUGCCGUCCACACUGCGUUUUCUGCUGGCGCACCGCGGUUUGGUUUUUCUCCGUGGCCUGUGGCUUUCUGAGCGGGCUGCUCCAUUCGUCCCGUGGCAAACAUUGCCAGCAGCCGGGUGCCCCACGCCCUAGGUGUGGUUUCACCCGGUUGCUUUUGUAAGUGCUUGAAGGGCAGGCCAUUGGCCCACGGAUAGGCGGGGAACGCAUGUGGUUGCCCAAGUCUGCAGACAUGGAUGGACCACGCAGGUUGCCUUCGUUCUGCAGGAGUUUGCGCUCCCGAGUAGGCA